AUGAACGGCGGCCAACAAAUCGUCGGCGGGCUUCUAGCGUACUGCUUCAGCCUCAUCGGACGCCACGGCCCCACAGCCCUGAAAUCCUGGCAAGCCCUCUUUUUAACGUACGGCUGCAUCUCCGUCCUCUGGGGAUUUUUCGUGCUGUGGUGGAUGCCCGACUCCCCGAUGAAGGCCAAGUGCUUCAACGAGGAGGACAAGCACCUGAUGGUGGAGCGCGUGCGCGCCAACCAGACGGGCCUCCAGAACAAGACCUUCCGCGCGUACCAGAUGUGGGAGGCCUUCCAGGACCCGCAGAUGUACUGCUACUGCGCGAUCCAGGUGUUCACGACGCUGCCGACGAGCGGCCUGGGCGCGUUCGCCAACAUCAUCAUCACGGGGUUCGACUUCACCGAGCUGCAGACGCAGCUGCUGGCGAUGGUGCUCGGGUUCUAUAUCAUCUUUGUGCUGCUGACCAGUGCGUUUUUGGUGAAGCGGUAUAAUCAGAAUAUUCUGGUCAUGUUGGGGUUCAUUAUUCCCUCCUUCAUCGGCACCAUCGUGCUCAUGACCGUCGAGAACAAAAACCUCAGCACCAAGGUCGGCCUGCUGAUCAGCUACUACAUCACGCUGUCCUUCUGGUCCGCCCAGAACCUGUGUCUGUCGAUGGUCUCGCGCAACAUCGCGGGCGCCACGAAGAAAUCCACCGUUGUGGCGGCGACGUUCGUCUCGUGGGCCGUGGGGAACGCCAUCGGCCCCCAAGUCUUCCUCGCCCGCGACGCCCCCCGCUACUUCAUCGCCUUCGGCGUCCACCUCGGCUGCUACUCGGCCAUGACCCUCGCCGUCAUCUACCUGCGCUUCCACCUGAUCGCCCAGAACAAGAAGAAGGAGCGCCUGCUGCGCGAGGCCGGCGUCAGUCUGGAGAACCCCGGGGAGGGGGGCGGGGAUCACCUGGCGCAUGCGUUUGAGGAUCGCACGGAUCGCGAGAAUUUGCAUUUUCGGUAUAUCUAUUAG